AAUGCCCACAUGUAGUAGUCUUUACAGCAACAAACACCCAAACACGGCUUUUCAACUUACAACCCCACCUGGCCUUCUGUCCUUUCUUUACCUUCCACAUGACUCGACCCCAUCUCCCCCAUCUCCCCCCCUUUCCCCCAUGUAUUUAUUACAAACACUGCAUUACUCAUUACUCAACCCAUCCAUUCCCAUAUCCCGACCACCAUGGUGGGCGUUUUCCGCCGUUCUCUUUCUUUCCCAAACAAGCCGCUUUCCUCCGCCGCCGCCCCCCGUCCACCCAAGCCUCGAAUUUCCCGCCACCUUCGAUCCAUCAGUUUACCCUGCAGAUCCCAUCCCUUGAUCUCCUCUCUCAAGGACGAGAUCGCCAAUCUCAAAUCCUGGUCGUCCACCGACAACCGCACUGCCGCCUGGCUCUGCCGCGGCCUAGCCGCCGUGAAACUCGUACAUGACUACCUUGACGACAUCCUACAACUCCCUCAGUCACGUGAGGCCAUGCGUCGACUCUCCGCUACGUGGGUAGAGAGCGUUCUAGAAGGCUUCCUCCGCUUCAUCGAUGCUUACGGAAUCUUCCAGAACCUCAUCCUGGGGUUCUUAGAAGAGCACGUGGCAGCGCAGGUGGGAAUGAGGAGAAAAGAGGAGACAAAAGUGGAGUUGUACAAAAAAGCGAAAAAACGGAUGGCCAAAGAAACAGGGGAGUUGGGUUCGGUGGUGCGGGCGGGUGUGACGGUGGUUGCGGAGGUGGAGGUGGAAGAGGAGGAGCUGACGGCGGCAGUGAAGGAUGUGAUGGAGGUGACGGGGAUGGUUUCGGUGGCGGUUUUUGAAGGGAUCGGAAUGUCGUUGGGAUGGAGGAGGAGGAAUAGGAAUUGGAUGAGGAAAGGGAAGAAGGUGAAAUUGGAGAGUGGGAUAAUGGAGUUUAUGGAAAUGGGUGUAAAGAAGAGUGAGGAAGAUGAGGUGAGAAUGAAGGAUUUGGAGGAGUGGAUUAGGAGUAUACAAGAUGGGACUCAGAAUUUCUUUAGGACUUUGAUGAAUACUAGAGUUUCGAUACUCAAUGCUCUCUCCCAUUAACUUUAAUUUGUUUUCUUACACCAAGACCAUAUUCUUUUUGUUAAUUACAUAUCAUAUACUAUGCUUAUUGUUAUUCUUUUACCAUUACCAUUCAAAUAAAUUAUAAUAGCAAUGAUCCCAUUUCACAACAUUUCCCUGUGCUGACUGAGCAGAGGUACCAUUUUGUGUAGCAACUGGUUCGAAUGUGCUACAAGACAUUUCCAGCACAUUACAACUAGCAUAGUCAAUACUCUGUUUAUUGAAUUUUAUAUGUCCUGUCACUCUAUGAGCUGAUUCUCAAAAUACAUGUGACAUCUUGCUUACGCACUCGAGGAAGAGGCAAGUCAGUGCUUAAACUGAGAUGGUUGGCUCUACAUUUGAUCUGUCUCCACGUCUCUACCAACAUGUCAAGAAAAUGAUUUUAGAUGAAACAUGGUGGAACAAAAAGGUUUUGUAAAACGAUAGCUAGUGAGAAUACUUAAACUGUGUAAGCAUGCAACCCAUCAAAUACAUAUAUAUAUAUAUUUAACUUUUGGAUAGUAUUGAUU